AAAAGAUAUUGAAAAAUCAUCAAAAAGCCCCCGCAUGAUAAUGACAGCUCAAUAUCUAAAAUGAGUCAUGAUGAUCUUCAGCUCUGGCCCAGCUAAACCCUCGUCUAUCUAGCAGUGCCUUCAUAGCCCUCGCUCGACCCACUGCGGCUGAACGAUGAGCAACCCUGCUUAUGACGAUCACUGACGCACCCCGCCUUAAAUAUCUGAACUGUCCUGAAAUCUCAUUCCAUCAUCAAAAAACUUCUUCAUUUAUAUCAAUUAUCAUGGACUCUGUACAGCCCAAGUCCCUCAUUCCCCUCAGCCGGCCUGAGAUCGCCGCCCAUUUCAAAGGGCUCAUCCAAACAAACCCCACCGUCGACAAUGUCAACGCCAUCAACGAGGUGCUUGUCGAUGCUGUGUACAGAGAGGCGAUUCCGUCGCCGAUUUACGCGAUCUGGCUGCUCAUCGCGUGUCGUCGUUCGCCGCAGCUCCUGGUGAAGGCGCUUCAAGACCGCACGUCGAAUGGUGUUCGCGCUGCAGGAAUCAGUGCCCUCUUCCCUAUUUUCCGUAGUGCGGGAUGGAAAUCGCGCGGAUGGAAUGUUCUGGGUGGUGCGACCGGUGUCAAGAAUAUCCUUGAUGGACUGUCUGUGCAAGAGAAGAAAUCGCUUUGCAAGGCUAUCACACUUCCACAUAAGAAUGUCCAACAUCGAGACGCCAUCACAAGCUGUGUUGAGGAGUUGCUACGUCUUCUGCCGCAAUAUGUUCGAAAUCAAUUACUGUGGCUCUACCCAGUUUGCAGCUCGGAGUUUCUGCAUGAGUUGCUCCCCGUCACCAAAGUGACGCGCUCUUGGUGGUUCCUGCAUCGAGCUGCACCGUUGCAUACUGAUUUGUUUCGGCGGAUUGCAGUGGGGAGUGCCUCUGCUCCUGUGGACGUGAGGGAGACUAUCAUGAAGAGCUCCUUCAAGCCGCUCGUUCGGUCUUCGACUCCGUACACGCCUGUCUACGUUAAAGAUGCACCUUCUAAUCUGCCACCAGGCUUGUUGUUUUAUCUUGACUUGAAUCAGGCCUUGGAAACCGAGCAAUUACCGGAGGAUAGAAGCAACGAAGAGGACUCAUCAUUCGACUUUAUCGAUGAUAUAUUGGGUCUUUGCUCAAACAGCAAAAUCCCAUUUGACGAUAUUUUGGUCAUCUUCAAGAAGGUCCUUCCUCGAUACCUAGCUGGUAGCACGUACUGGGUCGAUGGAUCUUUCACAAAGGAGAUUGUCUCCUCCUGGUCGGUGGCUAAAUUUGGCUCUAUCAGCGACAACGCCGAGCCUAGUAUGAAAUCACUAUCCUCUGCAAGCCACCCCUCGAGGCCAUCAGCACGCCACAUCGACGAUCUUGAGUCGCUCAUCGCCCAAUGUAUCCACCAAAGCACGGAGAGAAAACGCGUCGAUGCCCUCUACAGUACUCCCUACCGCACAAUGGGCGCCGUGAAAACCCGCUUUGACUUGCUCAUGGCAUCAAAGGCCGUUCUUGAUAUUGUUUGCCCAGAGGCAAGACUGCCGUUCCUUACUCUUUUGUGCAGCCAUUCGAAGCUUCUCAAUUUCGAUCUCAACUCGUCUCCGCCAUCGGAAAGAGAGGUCAAACUUCUCCCCAUCUGGCAUUUUGAUAUUCUCGACACGUUACCAGCGACGGAUUCUGAGCGGCUGUUCUGUCGAUCGUUGGCUAUUCUGGGAGGUGACGAGUUCAUAUCUGUUAUCCCUAACCUGAACGAUUUGUACUCUUGGGGACUUGAUCGGGAUGCUCAAUCUCUACUGAAGAUUAAGUGGGCGGCUGAAAGUCCCGCUGAAACGGACUAUGCCUUCACUCACAAAAUCAUCAAUGAAACCAAAAAGGAAUCUGAAAAAGGACGAGAAUCGUCCGACAGACUGACCAAGGCAGCAUUAGUCGUGAAAAUGGCUAGGAGUAGCUCUUCUCUGGACAUCUUUUCCGACGUCGUUGAAUGGAGCAAACGGUAUAUUCGCGAUCAUGAAACUUUUGUCCAACUCAUGGAUGACCAUAUCUUCCAAAGCGAGACGGCUUCAGUUCUGUCUUGCUCUAAAUUUCCAACCUCGCGUCAGCCAAAAUCGCUAUCCGAGCUACGUGGAGCUGUAGAGAAAGCGCACAAAACGGUCAAACUCUUGCUGGAGAUUCUCCAGCUAUCGAUGCAUGAGCCACUCGAUUUCUACGCAGCUACCAUGCAUACGGAUACUUUCUUUGUCCAUCUUGUCGCGCAACGCGUGAUUGGCGUUCAGACCUAUCGCAAAGCCGGUCUCGGAAACGAAGCGGAAUUGAGCGAAUUUCUGCUCGAGUCCUUGAUCCCAAUCAUCUUGAACUACGAACAGGCAGCUUUGCCUGGGGAUAAGGAUUUCUACUGGGACAGCGAGAGAGGUCUUAUCACCUGGUUGGAUGAUGUUGGCUCUCUCGAGUCCCGGCCAUAUGUCCUCCGAUUUUUGGAUCAGUUGGCUCAACAACGUGAUGCGAUGUGGCAGGAAGAGCGCAAACGCGAGCACCCGGAAAUCGCUACACAAGGCGAGGGAUGGGUUAAAGGAUUGGACAUUAGCUGCCUUCUUCCGAGUGAGCGUUGGGCAGAAUUCGUGUGGGCAAAUCCUGAGGCUGCCCCAUUCGUGUCUGCUCGAUUCAAGGAGGUUCUAUAUGGAGCACCAGACGUGAUGCUUACUGUUGUUCCCGAAGAUGAUGAUCCAGAAUACCGCAAGGUCGAUUCUUUAGAAACAGCGAUCGAGCUCUUCCUUCUCGGGGGUAACACUAAGGACAAGCAAGACCGGUUUAUGUCCGUCUGGAAGCAUUACGCGGAUAUUCUGCAGCCGAGUUCGCAAAAUUUCGUUAUCUUCCGCGACUGGAUGGUUGCACUGGCCAACAGAGCCGGUUUGUACCAGGCUGCCAGGAUAAUAAGACCCCUCCGACUUCCUGCUCCCACUUAUUGGAAUGACUCGGAGUCCACAUGGAACCCACGACCAAAUGUUGAGUCUGAGGAUUCGGAAGAUGUGCCGAAGAUGGUACUGCAUUACCGCAUGGACCCCAGCGAUCCCAGUCCAGACAGUCUUCGGGACUCGAGAGAUGAUCCCCUUGCCACCUGGACUUUGAAGACUGAUGCCUCGUCGCAACCACCAUUGAUACAUACUCUGUCUCUUGAGACACGCGAAACCCUCGUUAUCUCUGCUGUGCUAUUCCUUCAAACACUUGCAGACAACAAAGCCAUCUUGGAGACUCCAUUCCCUAGUGAAGGACCCCCCAGAUACCCUCGCAUCUCCCUGGAUGAUGAGUUUGUGGAAUCGGUAAAUGACUCCGAUGAGGAAGACGCUGUCAAGAGCGCAACAAAGCUUCUCAAAUCAACAGCAAACACCGUCCCAGCACACAUCCUCCGUAACCUGGCAGUUUCCUUGCUUGACACACUCGCUGAACUCCCCAAGACAUCAGACCGUUAUGGCAUCGUUCAAACAGCCACCUUUGAGGUUAUCAAGAUUCUACCGUACACUGACCGUCCGGAUCUGGCCGUGGAUGUGGCAUUGCGCGUGAUCGAGAACUUCCCUGAACAAUCAUCGUACCAUCGUCAGCUGAGACUUCUCAGCCUGGGAGAAAGACUUGCGCCUGAGGUUGCAGAGAGGUUUGUCAAUCAAUUCCUGUCCAUCAUCCAAAACGCCUACAAGAGUGGAGGAGAGGAAGAGAAGUCCCGCUCGAAGGUCAAGAUCACGACUGUCAAGAUGCUCGCUCAGCUCAUCCCUGACGCCGACUUUAUCUCUCCUGCUACUGGUCUUCACACUCUGAAGACCCUUUUCACAACUGUUGAGCAUGAGAGUGUUCGAAUAGAGGGGAUGCGUGGAGUUCUGCAAAUCAUUUCCCGCACAGAUGACGACGAGGUAUACAGAUACUUCAGCGCCGCUGCUGUGGUUUCAGGCACUAAUGAAGGAAACGAAACCACCCCGACAGACUGGGAUGUGGCGGAGAAAGGAGGGGACUUACCGACAGUCUCCAGAUGGACCGACCGUCCUCUACUUAAGAUAUUCCUCAUCGAGGCGUCCAGCCUUCUCCCUGUGCACCGUCGCACCGACUACACGCAGAACGUCCUGAUUCCAUUACUCCAAAAGUCCACCAAGCAACACACGCGCUGGAUGAACCUUUUCCUCGCCAGGAUGAAGGUCACCCUAGACCAAACCGAUGUGAUCAAUUUUGGACCGUCUGUCCCUGAUAUGCCGAAUACUAUCUUUAAGCAGUGGAAGGAUCAUCUCCCCCAGUCGUACCUCAGCGAGCAUCGUGCCUGGGCCAUGGGCUAUCUCAAGUAUUCCACUUUGGACCGCAUCACCAAGUCCUUCUCAGAAAUUAAUAAUGGCUGGCGUGAGACCAACGCCGGUCAGCACUGGCUUGAGUUCAUGUCUAGUCGAUCUAACGCCCGACCAUUGUCAUCUCUUGAUGAGGCAUUCAAACAAGCCAUCAAGGGCAAAGCCACAGGUGAGCUGACUGCAAAGGCUCUUGGCGACGAAUACAUCCAGCGAGCCGCAAUAAUCGCUAGAAAUCCAUUUACUGUCAUCACGAAGCCCAAUCGAAGCUGUGUUUCAGUCAAGUUGAUCAUUGACGGACUCUCGUCGUUGUGCUCUCACCGCACCACCUCUCCAGACGACCAAGCACAGCAAAUGCUAGAGGCGAUUGUGUCCGACAUCGAAUCCUUACGGACGGAGAAUUGGCAGAGCAGCCCUGCCACCACUCGAAACCCUGUGAUUCUACCAUCCCAGCUACAACUGCAGACUCUUGUACUCCCCACCACACCUAAGCCGAUGACCAAAGAGCAGAGAGCGAAGUUUAUCAACGGAGUACUUCCAUUGGUAAAGGACUGUGCAGAGAAUCCUAUCCUCAUACCCGAGUUCGAGCACAUCAAAAAUACGGUCCAGGCUGUCCACCAAGAGGACAAGUUGCCGUGCGCCGUUCGACUAGGUGGUGCGAAUAUUGACGAACACGCAUCGCUGUAUGGGUCUUUGAAGAUUUCGUUGGCCAAAGUGCUCCUGGAGAAGACCUCCUCGACCGACCGUGAACUGGAUGAGGAUGUGGUGGAGAUGAUUCAAACGUGGAAGGAGAGUCCGGUCGAGUGGGUUAACAGGCUUGGAUGGGAGAUUGAGAUCUACUCGUCGAAACCGCCAACCCAAACCUCCUGGGCAUGCUCCGACGAGUAGACAGUAUUUUAUGUCUGAGAUUAGCCGAGUUUAUAUAUCCCUUUUAUUCAAAUGACGAUAAU